AUGGCAGAUACCGCACUCGCCGAGCCAUCGUCGGCACCCAUCUCCAACACUCCUCCGGAGGAGGGCGCGCCGCCGCAAGAAGGGGAGCAACAGCUCCAGCCAGCCAAGAAGACCAAACUCAUCCGUCGCAAGAAAAGACCAGCGCGCGUGCAGGUCGACCCAUCCUUCGUUAAGAAUCUUCAGCCGCAGCAGGAGUCUGGGACGAUGUUCAACAUCUGGUACUCGAAGUACGAAGGCGGAAACCGGGGGGAGAACAACCAGUCGAACACGCCCGCUCCGGGGCGGUGCAACCUAGCGCAAGACAGUGGCUACACUCGGGCAGACCGUGUGAAUGGGUCUUUCUUCUGUCUGCACUUUGCCCGGGGGACUUGCCCGAACGGCGCGGAGUGCCAGUAUCUUCAUAGGGCACCCACCGUCAUGGACAUUUUCAAUCCCAAUAUCGAUUGCUUCGGCCGCGACAAACACUCAGAUUACCGAGACGAUAUGGGUGGUGUUGGAUCUUUUAUGCGGCAGAAUCGCACGCUCUACGUUGGUCGUAUCCACGUUACGGACGAUAUCGAGGAAGUGGUGUCGAGGCAUUUUAGCCCAUGGGGACAAAUCGAGAGGACACGCGUAUUGACGGGCCGUGGAGUGGCUUUCGUAACCUACACAAAUGAAAGUAACGCUCAAUUUGCUAAGGAGGCAAUGAGUAACCAGAGCUUGGAUCACGAGGAGGUUCUCAACGUGCGCUGGGCGACUGUCGACCCGAACCCGAUGGCUCAGAAACGCGACGCGCGCAGGCUAGAGGAACAGGCUGCUGAGGCGGUGCGGCGAGCACUUCCCGAGGCAUUCGUGGCUGAGAUUGAGGGGAGGGAUCCGGAUGCAAAGAAGAGGAAGAAGAUUGAGGGCAGUUUCGGCCUGCAGGGCUAUGAUGUUCCGGAUGACGUAUGGCAUGCUCGGAAUCGACAAUUGGAGGAUGCGAAGGCGGCGGCUGGUCAAUUGGAAGCACCGGAGCAGCCGCUUAUGAUCGAAGAUGCGGGCCAACAAACUGGGCGUCCUGAACCGGAAUCUCAGAGCGAUGGUAUCUUCUCCAGCUCGGCUGUUGCUGCGUUGCGGGGUCUUGCGGGUGGGACGGUCACGACUCAGGCUGCUCCCAAGUCUGCUGGGGGCCCGUUAGUCGCCUACGGAAGCGAUGAUGAGAGUGACUGA